AUGACACGCAGGCAUACCAUCGAUGUGCUUACAGCGACGGCGAGCGACCUGCGUAAGCUGCUAGACUCAGGGGAGGUCUCCAGUGUGGAGCUGGUCGGUUUAUACUUGGGCCAGAUUGCUAGGCAUAAUAAACAGGGCCUCAUGCUGAAUGCGAUGAUCUCGACUGCGUCUGCGAAUCGUGUCCUCGAAGAAGCGAGGAUGUUGGAUAGUGAAAGGGCACAGAAGGGGCCUAGGCCAAAGCUGCAUGGGAUCCCAAUUAUUUUGAAGGAUGUGAUUUGCACCCCAAAUUUUGGCCUGGAGACAACGGCUGGAUCAUUGGCCUUGAAAGGGCUUAACGCUACUGAAGAUGCCCCCAUCGCAACACUUCUUCGAGAAGCUGGAUGUAUUGUGAUUGGCAAGUCAAAUCUUUCGGAAUGGGCUAAUUCCAGGGGAUUUGGGGUGACAAGUGGUUGGUCUGCCGCCGGGGGCCAGACUCAGUCGCCUUAUGUGAAAGGAGGGGCCGACCCAGAAGACAGGUGGUUGGGCCAUAGUACCCCAGCUGGAUCAUCGUCCGGGUCAGCCGUUGCAAUAGCAGCUGGCUUUGCCCCUUUGACGAUCGGAACUGAAGCGAACGGGUCAAUCGUUCAACCAGCAAUUAGAGCUGCCGCCUAUGGCUUGAAGGGGACAGUUGGCGAUAUGAUUAUGAAAGGCACACAGUCUGGAGGUGCGGCUUUUGACAGCGCCGGUCCAAUUGCAAAAUCUGCUGAGGAUUGUGCCGCUGUGAUGGAUAUUCUUUUACCAGGUCGAGACUUUCGGUCGCACCUCACCAAGUCUUGGGAUGGGAUUCGCAUUGCCUAUCUAGACUACAAGACCUGGCAACUCCCCGACUCUAUGUGUGAAAAAACACCUGCCUUCGAUACACAACAUGAGCUAGAAAUGCUGAGGGCUCUUGAGAAAAUCGAAUCUCUUGGAGCCCAGGUCACUUACAAUGCCCGCCUCAUGAGCCUUCCUGAAAUCAUCAAGAAGUACAAAACUGUCACGAUGAGAGAGAUUAGAAGACACCAGCUUGCAUUCGUCAUUCCAAGAUUCUUAGGCUUAUUCAAUAACCCUCAAUUACGGACAUUGCAAGAUCAGGUCAGAUUUAAUAAAGAGCAUGCAGCUGAAGAGCUUCCACCAGAGCAACCCAGUCAUGGAUUGGCGCACCUCCGACAGAGUGUUCGGCAUGCUGUCCAAUUGUGUUUGGAGGAAUCCAAUGCGGAUGUUAUUAUGGCAUCUGGGGAAACACUGCUCCCUAGUACUGCGGCCUGUGCAGGCUAUCCCAUCGGAAGUGUCCCACUUGGCUUUUCUUUUUUCAAUGGAAGGCCUUUUGGAAUGGAAAUAAUGGCACGGAAUGGCGAGGAAGAAAGAAUUUUUCAAGUAAUGUCGGCUUGGGAAGCGACGUUCCCGAAGGCCAGACAGCCCCCGCCUCUUUUGGUCAACUGGGACGCCAAUUUGUAG